AUGGCCCCUUCCUUCACCUUCCCCUCCGAUCUCCACUCCUCCGACGACUCCGACUCCGGCGACCACCUCCUCUCCCUCUCCUCCCCCGUCGACCUCUCCCCCCUCCGCCCUUUCGACCUCGAAGAGCUCGUCAAAGGUUCGCUUUUUGACCUAUCGGAGAAGGAGAUCUUCUGCGUGGAAGAGCAGCAAGUGUUUGAUCGCGUUUACUCGCUUGUCAAGGGUUUCUCUCACCUCAAUUCUUCGUGCAAGUUCAAUCUCGCCGAGACUCUCCGGUCCAAUCUCAGUGUUCUUCUCCCCAACCUCGAUUCGCUCUCCCGGGCGGCCCCUUCGUCCCCAUCUGGUUGCUCUGGUGUCGCGGCUCGUGUCUCGUCUCAUCGCAAUGCGCUCAAGAUCUACACCUUCUUUCUUUUAUCCAUUGCGCUUGGUGAGCAGUCCAGGCAUGAACAUCCAGUUGGAGGCUCCAAGGCUGCAGUACAAUCAAAGAAGAAGAAUUACUUGAAUUCGUGGAAUUGGGAAUCAUACCGAGGCCGCAUUAUCAAUCUCAUUGCAAAUUCUCUGGAGAUCAACCUUUCGCUGCUCUUUGGUUCCAGUGAAAUUGAUGAGAACUAUCUGUCUUUUUGUUUCAAGGCAAGUUUCACUUUAUAUGAGAACCAGACACUUUUGAAGGAUUCGGAUAGUAGAGAGAGUCUUGGACGUAUCAUUGGAGCAAUUGCCACCAAGCACCACCAGACUACACAAGCAUGUGCGUCAAUCCUGCAUUUGCUUCACAAGUUUGACUUUGCAGUCACUCACAUUGCGGAUGCUGUUGCUGCCACUGAGAACAAAUAUGGCGAUGGAAGACUUGCAGUUGCGAUUAUUAGGGAGAUUGGGCGUGCUGAUCCAAAGGACUAUUCUAGAGAUGGUGUUGGUGCCGAGAAUGUUGGAAGGUUCCUUGUGGAGCUUGCUGACAGGUCACCAAAGCUCAUGUCAAUGAAUGUUGGUGUUCUUGUUCCACAUUUUGGAGGGGAGUCUUACAAGAUUAGGAAUGCGCUUGUCAGUGUUCUAGGGAAGCUGGUUAUGAAGGCUUUUAGAGAUAUAGAGGGUGAUGUGAGCUCGAAAUCUUUGCGUUUGAGGGGUAAGCAAGCGAUGCUAGAGAUAUUGAUUGAGAGAUGCAGGGAUGUGUCGGCAUAUACAAGGAGUCGUGUACUUCAGGUGUGGGCUGAAUUGUGUGAGGAACAUGCUGUUUCAAUAGGUUUAUGGAAUGAGGUUGCAUCUGUGGCUUCAGGGAGAUUGGAGGACAAGAGUGCCAUGGUGAGGAAAUCAGCUUUGAAUUUGCUGAUUAGCAUGCUGCAGCACAAUCCUUUCGGACCGCAGCUUCGCAUUGCAGCUUUUGAGGCGACAUUGGAGAAGUACAAAGAGAAAUUGUGCCAGAUGGAGCCUUCUGCCGCUUCAGAGGAUGGCAAUGGUGUUGAUUCCGUCCAUGGGCAAGCUCCAACGGAAGAGCAUGAAGAAAGUGUUAGUGAUAGUUGCCUGCCACAUGGAGAUGAGCAGAGGGAGGAAGAAACUAUUGUGCCUGAUAUUGGAAAUCUGGAACAGAUCAGAGCCUUGGUUGCUUCCCUCGAGGCAGGUUUACGGUUUGCAAAAUGCAUCACUUCUACAAUGGUUACUCUAGUUCAGCUAUUAGCUUCAUCUUCUGUAACUGAUGUAGAGUACACUAUUCUUUUGCUCAUGAGGUGCAAACAAUUUCAAAUUGAUGGUUCCGAAGCCUGCCUUCGCAAAAUGUUGCCUUUGGUGUUUUCCCAAGACAAAUCCAUCUAUGAAGCUGUAGAAAAUGCAUUCAUCACCAUAUACAUAAGAAAAGAUCCCGAGGAAACUGCUAAAAACUUGUUGAGCCUUGCUUUAGAUUCUAGCAUUGGAGAUCUUGCAGCUUUAGAGUGUUUGGUUAGCUCUUUGGUUUCUAAAGGUGAAAUUUCAACAAGCAUGAUGUCUGCCUUAUGGAACUUUUUCAGUUUUAAUUCCAAUGGAGUGAUAGCAGCCCAAAGCCGUGGAGCUUUAUCUAUUCUUUGUAUGGCAUUAAAAUCAACUCCAGGCAUUCUAGGAUCUCACCUGCAGGAUAUUGUUGAUAUUGGCUUUGGACGUUGGGCUAAGGAAGAACCCUUGCUUGCAAGGACUGCAUGUGUUGCACUGGACAGAUUGUCAGAUGAGGAUAAACAAAAGCUAAGAUGUGGUGGUAUCAAAAUUUUUAGUAUGCUGCAAAGCUUACUAACAGGUUCCUGGCUUCCAGAAAAUGUAUGGUAUGCUGCUGCAGAUAAAGCCAUAAAAGCCAUUUAUUCGAUACAUCCAACUCCUGAAAUAUUUGCUGCUGAAGUGGUGAAAAAGUCAAUCAGUUCUAUAUUUAGCUCCAGUGGAAAUGAUGAAAUGCCUACUGAUGCAGACAGUGAGGACGUCAAUGUUUCCACAGUGUCAGUAGCGAAGCUUGGCAGGUGCCUUUUCAUCAUAAGCCAUGUAGCAUUUAAUCAAUUGGUUUACAUUGAAUCCUGCAUUCACAAGCUUCAGAAGCAGAAAGCAAAGAAAGAAAAAUCUAAGCUUGAAUCUGAAGCAGCUGCCGGACUUUCCACUGAAGCAUCUGAGAAGCAAAAUAUAAAUGCUGAGUUGGGUCUUGGUGCAUCUGAAGAUGCGGCAAUUGAUGCACUUUCUGAAAGAGCAGAGAAAGAAAUUGUAUCGGGUGGCUCCAAUGAGAAGAACCUUAUUGGGCAUUGUGCAACUUUUCUCUCAAAACUUUGUAGAAAUUUUAAUUUGUUACAAAAGUUUCCAGAUCUGCAGGCUUCAGCAAUGCUUGCUUUGUGUAGAUUAAUGAUUAUUGAUGCAGAUUUCUGUGAAGCGAAUCUGCAGCUUUUAUUCACUGUUGUUGAGAAUGCACCAUCAGAAACUGUCCGUUCAAACUGUACACUUGCUCUUGGGGACUUGGCUGUUCGAUUUCCUAACCUUUUAGAACCUUGGACUGAGAACAUUUAUGCUAGACUGAGGGAUCCUUCGGUCUCUGUGAGAAAAAAUGCUGUCCUGGUGCUUUCUCACCUCAUACUAAAUGACAUGAUGAAGGUGAAAGGAUACAUAAAUGAGAUGGCCAUGCGGAUAGAAGAUGAGGAGGGAAGGAUAUCAAAUCUUGCCAGACUUUUUUUUCAUGAAUUGUCAAAGAAAGGAAGUAACCCAAUUUAUAAUUUACUACCAGAUAUAUUGGGAAGAUUGUCUGACCAAAAAAAUAUGAAGAAAGAUUCCUUCCGCAACAUCAUGCAGUUUCUAAUUAAUUCCAUCAAGAAGGAUAAACAAAUGGAAGCCCUGGUUGAGAAGCUUUGCAAUAGGUUCAGUGGUGUCUCUGAUAAAACACAGUGGGAGUGCAUUGCUUACUGUCUUUCUCAACUAACAUAUACUGAAAAGGGAAUGAAAAAGCUUAUGGAGUCUUUUAAAACUUAUGAACAUGUUCUCUUGGAAGAUUCUGUGGUGGAUCAUUUCAAGAACAUAAUUAGUAAGAGCAAGAAGUUUGCAAAACCAGAGCUUAAAUCUUGCAUUGACGAAUUUGAGGAGAAGCUCAACAAGAGUCACAUGGAGAGGAAGGAGCAAGAAGAAGUUGCCAACAAUGCAUACAAACAUCAGCAGAAAAUAGAAAUUCUUGAACAUAAAGAUAUAAAUGAAAGAAGUAUCGAAGAUGGAACUGGUGAGGUAAUAAAUACUGCUGAAGAAGCUACUGGUAAUACAACCGAGGCCAUCCAACUAGAUGCAAAUGGCAUGAACUCUGAGGAAAGUUGCGGUUGUAGCAUACUUACAGAAUGUGAUGAUGGAGAUACAGAAUUUCAAUCUCCAAAAGCUUCUCAUGGUAUCUCAAAAGUUAAACCAAAAAGAAAGAAAGGCAUGAUCAAGGGUGAAACAGGGCGUCGUUCCACGAGAAGCUCAAGUCAGUCCGGCAGAAGAUAGCACAGGAGCAUAACACUGUAAAAGGCAUCUUUGCACGUUUUGCAAGAAUGGGCUGAUUAGUUUUGUUGGCAGUUUGGGCUUGCCCUUCUAGUUUUAUAUUCCUCCUAUAAUUUGGUCAAAACAAGCUUGUUUUGGCACAAAAACAAUCUGCAAUUUAGACGUGCUUUACAUGUUAUAUUAUGUCAAACCAAAAAAUGGUGGUUAGAACUUUUCUCUAGUCAUGUGUCAUGUUAGAGCCUUGGGAUUGAUACUAAAAGCUUGUCUAUUGUAAAUUGUUGUCUUCUCUGUUGUUAAGGGUGUUUGUGGAUGUAAUGGAA